AUAAUGUACUAAAAAGGAAAUUAAUGAAUAGAGUUUUAUUAAUAUCGGACAGAUUGUAUUUAAUGAUACUGAUACUGGGUAUAACAAUGGGGAUAGAAACAAUUUUAUAAGCUAAAAGGAUUAUAAUAGCAGCAUUUACAGAAGGAAAGGAAAGGAAAGGAAAGGAAAGAAUAUUAUUAAAAGUAAUUGAGAGAGGAAUUUCAUCUUCGCAUUCUGCAACUUUCUUAUAUAAUCAUGGAAAUAAAUUAUUUGUUUUGGAGAGGACAUCAACUUUAAGAUUGACAAGAUAUUAAGCAUCUUGGUUAUUGGAAGCAUAAGGAUUGAAAGGAGAGUUAUAAAUAAAAUAUAAUUUGAGUACAAAAAAGAAAGGAGUGAAAUGGUUGAGUCAGAAAAUAGGAAAAUUAAUAUUAAGAUUGUUAUAAGAAUUUAUGAGGACAAUAGAUUAUUAGAGUUAAUUACAUAGAUUGAUAUUGUGGGAUAGUAAAUUUGACAGUAUUUAAAGAGUUAGUUAGUAUCAAUGUAUAAAUUAAAAUGUAUUUAAUAGAAUAACAGGAUGGUCAGCAGAUGUAGACCUGAUAAAUUGGCAGUAUCGUAAUUUUACAAAAUAGAAGGCUAUCAAGUAAGCAGAAAAUAAUAAUAUUUUCACCACAUCAAGAAGAUGAUGAUAUAUGCAUGGAACAAUGAAGAAAUCAACUUAUUAGGGACAUGAAGCUUAUUUUAGUUAGAGAAUGAUAGAUGU